AUUGUGUUUUUCUUGCUUUCUCCCCGUCCCCUUUGCCUCUGCUUCUGGGGGACUUUCCCCCCUCAUUUCCUUCGCCGGGUUUCUCUCCUCAGUUCUCCCCACCUAGUUUCUCUCUCUUCAUCAUCUUUAUAUGCAUUUCCCCCCAUUUCUUCUCCGGCGAACAAACCGCCAAAAAAGAAGACAAAUCUGCAUGAUCCACCCCUAAGGCUAAAACAAAAAGGGCGCUUUUCCUUGCCUUUACAAGUUUAGCCCUUUUUUUUUCUCCUUUCCCUUCCUUUUCCAUUUCCCCUUCAAGUUUGAAGAAAAGGAAAGGGAAAAAAAAAUUCUAAAGUUUGCCCCAAGAUAUUCCUUCAUCAUACCUUUAGUUUUACUUUAUUAAACUCCCUAGACAAAAAGAAUAAGAGAAAAGGAGGUGGAAAAUGGCGUCUUCAUCAAAUUCUCCAUGCGCAGCGUGCAAGUUCCUGAGACGGAAAUGUCAGCCGGAGUGUGUCUUUGCGCCGUAUUUUCCACCGGACCAGCCGCAGAAGUUCGCCAACGUCCACAAGGUAUUCGGCGCCAGCAACGUCACCAAGCUACUUAACGAGCUGCACCCUUCCCAGCGUGAGGACGCCGUGAAUUCCCUGGCCUACGAGGCAGACAUGCGCCUCCGUGACCCCGUCUACGGCUGCGUGGGCGUCAUUUCCCUCCUCCAGCACCAGCUCCGCCAAUUGCAGAUGGAUCUGAGUUGUGCCAAGUCCGAACUCUCCAAAUACCAGAGCCUCGGGAUCACAGGCCACGCGGGCCUCAUAGCGGCCGCAGCUGCUGCAGCCACUGCUACAACUACUCACACGAAUGCGCACCACCACCAGAGCUUGGGCAUCAACCUCAUAGGGAGCGGUGGCGGUGGAGGGCGAGAACAUCAUCACUACCACCACCAGUUCUUCCCUAGGGAUCACCCGCAGCAGAUGAUCAGCAACAACUACGAUGCCAGUCUCCUUGCCAUGAGCAACAUCUCCACGGGGAUCGGACAACUGAGUCAGUUCCAGCAACCUAGGGCUGCCGCAGGAGAUGACCGUCGUACAAUUGAUCCCUCUUAGGGUUAGGGUUUAUCAAUUGUCAAAUUGCCACAGGUACUUUUAAUUUUCAUCCUCAUUGACAUCUAUGGUUCUAUAUAAGUAACCACUGUAAGCAUGCAUAUU